GUUGCAGCAGGUGAUCUAAUGCAGGAAGGACUCCAUGCCUAAGACCUGUAGCAAGUGUCCCAGUGCGACUAUGGACCACACACCUAGAUACCGUGUGAAGAGGCAUUGGCUCAAAUUUGCCCACGAUUUCAGUUUCAGUUUUGUAUGCUCGGAGGACUUUUGCGCUUCGCAAUGGCACUUUGGACUUCAAUCCAACUGCUGGCAGUGGUCCUUCUUCAGCCUGUGCUGAGUCAGGUAAAUGAAGCUCUGCCACCGCAGCCGGCUAAGUGUCCAGCAUCUUGCAUUCAAAAGAAAGGUCUCUGUGAAAAGCGAGGCCGGUGUUGCCAUGAAGCUGCAACAUGUCCAAAGUUCGAGCCUUCGGGCAAGUAUCGUUGCCACAACUUUCAAUGCCACAUUGGCUUCGACUCUGUCUCGCCCUUCAUUAACGAAACGCAGACCAUCAUGAAGGUGGGCGAAAACCUCUACAACAUCCUCUCCAACGAAAAUGAUGCCUCAGGACCCUCCUUCAACCAGUCCUUCAGCAUGGUCCAGAAUCCUUUCAGCGAGUUGGAGUUGGAGGGCACGCUCUACGAUCGUCACCAGGAUGGAAGUCCGCCGUACCACAAUGGCUAUCCUGGGGGCUUCCAGCCGGCAACAAAUGAAGGGAUUCCCGUUUCUUACUACCAGCCUCCGCUUGCCACUUACAAGAUCCAAUUCAAGUCUGAAGCCGAGUUUCAUGGCAUGGGCCUUUUUGCACGCCCUGGCAUCGGGCCAGGAGCAGGCCCGCAUGCCUGCUUCUUCCCGAAGUGUGUCAAGAUCAGUGUUUGAGCUGCCCGACUCAUUAGGUUGCCUUUUUUGGCAACUCAUUUUCCAUGGGGCUGGGUGUGGUAGCUUGUAGAGUUAGAGCUGCUGGUCCAAAAGAGAGAAGCAGCUGGGCUCUACUCCUGGCCACCCGCAGACUUCUGCGGUUAAUUCCUGUAUAUUGGACAAAUGGGAACGCUGCAAAAAGGCAAAAGGA